GUAAACAGUCUUCAUCUUAAUAUUUCAUUGUCAGCUACAGGCAGGUGUAUAAGCUGAGACAUGUCACCAAAAACUAAUCAAGCAAGCAAACAGUCAUCGGCAAAUUUGAUUUUAAUCAGUUUAAUCAGCAUCAUUUUUAUAUUGUUCGCAAUUUUGAGUGCUAUUGUUCUCAAUCCUGGUGAUGGAGAGACAAGUGUGGUCCAGCCUGCAGAAAAAGUAACAGAUGUUGAAGGAUUUAAUCAAUUAAAAUAUUGGACAGUGGUUGUUGAUGUGUGGAAUCCAAAUGGUCACUUUCGUACCAUGAAUCGUGUAUUGAACAGUUUGCAGUAUAAAUUCGUAAAUGCAUCACAUGGAGAUGAUUGGGAUCUUCUAAUGAGUAUUGACAGUCCAUUUUACCUGCCAGGGGAGCAAAGUCAUGAGCUGUAUGUGGACAUAGAUAGAUAUCCUUUUAAGCAGCACCAGAAAGUCAAUCAUUUUCCAGGAAUGGAGAUUUUAGGCGGAAAAAGUUACAUGAGUCGUAAUAAUGCUCACCUGGAGUACAUCUUGCCAUCCUUUAUACUUCCAAAAAAUAAGAAGAAGCUACAAAAGUUCAUGGACGAAAAUCCGGAUGUAAAAUUAAUUGAGAAAAAUAUUUUCAAUCGUGGUGUGUCGGUUGUGGAAAAGAAGGACAUCAUUUAUGAUGAUUCAGACUACUUUUAUCAGCAAUUUAUGGAUAAGCCAUUCCUGAUUGAUGGACAUGCAUUUGAUUUUGGUGUUUUUGUGCUGAUUACAUCAUUCGAUCCUGUCAGAAUUUAUCGAUAUGAUGCAGAUGUGCUUUUUAGAUUUUGUAAGCUUAAUUAUCAUCCAUUUGAUCCAAAAAUAAUUGAUAAAUACGUCGUUCAGGAAGGAAUGCAUCCACCAUUUGAGAUGCCAACAUUUAACGAUGCAUACAAAAUGUUUGAAUUUCCAAUAAUUAAACAUUUUGAGAAGAUCAUCGCUGACAAAGGAUUUGAUGUGAAGAAGUUUUGGAAUAAAAUUGAUGAUGCAAUUGUGAAAAUAGUCCGAAACUCUGAGCCGUACAUUACUAAAACUACAAAAAGCUACAACUACUCAACACAUCACUUCUAUGAAUUGGUUCGAUUUGAUUUCAUUCUUGAUGAGAAUUUGACGCCGUAUGUGAUGGAAGUGAACAUGAGUCCCAACAUAACACCUGCAAGAAAAAAAGAUGAGGAAUAUGCCAAAAUUUAUGAACAAUUGGUGUACAAUUUGGUGAAAAUGAUUGGCGGUGGAUCCUAUUUCGAGUUUAUGACAAGAUUCAAUGACUCAGACGUGAUGAUUGCAAACAGGAAAAAUAUUGCUGUAAACAUCGAGUCAUGCUUAAAGUAUGAAUGCCAUCGAAGCUGCGAAAGUAAAAAAUGUAAGCUAUGCUUGCCGUGCAUCGAUGAAGAAAAUAUUUUUCAAAUGCGUGAAGCUUUUCGAGAACAUUCGUACGAAGGAAAUUUCCGAAGAAUUUUUCCAGCCGAACAUUUUUUCUUUGACGAUGAAUUCCUCAGCACAAUGACGGAGAAGAAUCAAUUUUCAUUGAAAUGGUUCGAAGCAAAAUGCUUGGAGGAUGACAGAUGGUGCUGAGUUGAUUUUUUGAU